CAGGGAAUAGUCCAAUGAGGGUGAACCACAAAGUGAAAGUAUUUCCCCCAAGUGAUAGUAUUUUCUUGUCUCAACAGACUUGCUAUGAGGACUGGGGCUAUAGGGAGUUUGGAAUAUAAUGGUGUGAACCUUUUCCUGUGGAGAGACCACUGUUUCUCAGAACCCCUGUUUGUUUUUCUACUAAGGAGAAAGGCCCUAACAUGGCGUUGGUCUUCAGCUUGUCCACUCUCAUGUUUCUCAUCACUGGGACUGAGACAUCCAAAAGUCUAAGUCAGGGCCCAGAUUUGAAGCAGGUCAUCCAGGUGGACUCUGGGAAGGAUGCAGUCCUAGAGUGCUCUGUGAACUUCAAUGGGAUAUCUCCUGGUAAUGUAAACAUAGAGAAGGUCGUGUGGUGGAGGCUGGACCAGAAUGGUCUUCACAAAGGUGGACCUGUGUUCAUAUACAACCUAUCCAAUCAACAAUCCUCCAAUCCCAGGAUGCCACUGAGCCCAAAAUAUCUGCUUCCCAUGCCACCUGCCAAUGACAAAUACAAAGUUGUGUCCCUGUUGGUCAAAGAAACCCAGCCUGAAGACGAGGGUCUGUAUAGGUGUGUGGUGAACACUAACAGUGGAAACACAAAUUGUAACUUCAUGCUGAAUGUCACAGAGUUACAGUACGAGACCAGCACUGAAAAGGAGAUUCCAAAGAACAGUUACAUGAGUGUGGCUGCUGUAUGUGUGGCAGUAGGCUCUCUUGCCAUUGGACUGCUGCUUCUCAAGCUGUUUCAAGCCAGAAGACUCAGACAAGGUGAGCACCCAGGGUCAUGUCCAUUAGGGCACACUGUUGCAAAAUGCUUCAAGAUGUUAUUCAGUUCCUCCCCAUUUCAGACUGCUUCUUUCCAUUUCAUGCCUAGUGAACAUGACCCUGCUUUUCAGUCUCCGCAGAGAGGAAUGCAGAGUUCUGGGAAGAUUAGUAGAGUACUUUCAGUUCUGGCUAAAUGCCAGGAUGAUGCUGUAGAAUAAGUGGAAUGGAGAACU